AUGGACGGAGCUCUGCAGGCGAACGCAGCUUUCGAGUCCCGUCGAGGUCUAACAGGCAGCAGACGCUUCUCACCCCUUCACAUGCCAGGCGGAUGCAAAGCACAGACUAACCUGCUAUGCCGGAUUCGACGAGAAAAUGAAGCACAAUCACAGCAAUUGCAGAACCCUCUUCAGGCAAAAAGAGCCCAGAACAGUUUUCCGAGACAAGAGGCUCAGCCUAGAGCAAUGAUUAGAGCAAUGGCUGUCAAUAUUUUGAUCCCAAAUAAGUCUAAUGAAUUGUGA